AUGGCCUUCCUUCGAGGGCGGAGCUUCACUACUCCCUCACUUUGGCUCCUCCUCUCUCUCUUCCUGGGCCACGCCCCCGGCCGCGGCCCCCGCCUGGCCCGCGCCCGGCCCUUUUUCGGGCCGCCGCCGGUCAACGUGGCGGUGGUGUUCAGCGGCGCGGCGUACCACGGCGAGAUCAAGGGCCGGCUGAGCCGGGAGAACUUCCUGGACCUGCCGCUGGAGGUGAACCCGGUCACGGUGCUGGUGAACGACACCAACCCGCGCGCGCUGCUGAUCCGCAUCUGCCAGACGGUGGCGGCGGAGAGCCUGCACGGCCUGGUGUUCGAGGACGACGUCGACUCCGAGGCCGUCGCCCAGAUCCUCGACUUCAUCUCCAGCCAGACGGCGCUGCCCAUCGUGGGCAUCAACGGGGGCUCGGCCGUCGUCAUACCACACAAGGCAGAGGGCUCCACCUUCCUGCAGAUGGGAGCCUCCAUUGAGCAGCAGAUCACGGCCAUGUUCAAGGUCAUGGAGGAGUAUAACUGGGGCAACUUUGUGGUGAUCACCAGCCUGUACCCUGGCUACGAUACCUUCGUGAACUACAUCCGCUCCUUCACCGACACUUCCUAUUUCCUGUGGGAGAUGCAGGAAGUGCUGAGCUUCGACAUGUCGACGGGGGCCAACGACGUGCGCUCGCGGCGUCUCCUCCAGCAGGUGGACGCGCAGGUGCUGCUGGUGUACUGCUCGCACGACGAGGCGCAGUACCUGUUCCAGAUGGCGGCCGAGGUCGGGCUCCUUGGGCCCGGCUACAUCUGGGUGGUUCCGAGCCUGGCGGUGGGGAACCCCGAGACGGAACCGCCGGCGAGCUUCCCCGUGGGGCUCAUCAGCAUCAUCACCGACCGCUGGCGCAAGAGCCUGCGGCAGCGCGUCCGAGAGGGCGUGGCCAUCAUGGUGAAGGGCGUGCACAGCUUUUACCGCAGCCACGGAUUCGUCCCCGAGGGACACAGCGACUGCAACGGCCCCACCCCCUCCCAUCUCAACUACACCGUCUUCAGGCAUAUGUUGAACGUGACAUGGGACCACAGAGACUUGUCCUUCAACAGUGACGGCUACUUGAUGAACCCCUCUAUGAUCAUCAUCGCUCUGGACCGUGAGAGGCAGUGGGAUAAGGUGGGGACGUUCGAGCGGGGCAUCCUCCAGGUGCGCUACCCUGUGUGGCCUCGUUUUGGGAGCUUCCUGGAGCAAGUGUCAGACAACCGCCACCUCACCGUCGCCACCCUCGAGGAACGCCCCUUCGUCAUCGUGGAGAGUGUGGAUCCCGACACCGGAACCUGUGUGCGGAACACGGUGCCCUGCCGUCGUCAAGCCAACCGGACAGAAAGCAUCGCAGGUCACACGGAGCCCUACACUAAGCUGUGCUGUAAGGGCUUCUGCAUCGACAUCCUGAAGAAGCUGUCCCGCACCAUCAAGUUCUCCUACGACCUCUACCUGGUCACCAACGGGAAGCACGGGAAGCUGGUGCGAGGGGUCUGGAAUGGCAUGAUCGGAGAGGUGUUCUAUAAGCGGGCGGACAUGGCCAUCGGCUCCCUCACCAUAAACGAGGAGCGCUCCGAGAUCAUCGACUUCUCCGUGCCCUUCGUGGAGACGGGCAUCAGUGUGAUGGUUGCCCGUAGCAACGGCACAGUGUCUCCGUCCGCUUUCCUUGAGCCCUACAGCCCGGCGGUGUGGGUGAUGAUGUUUGUCAUGUGCCUGACCGUGGUGGCCAUCACUGUCUACGUCUUCGAGUACUUCAGUCCUGUGGGCUACAACCGCAGCCUUGUUAGUGCAAAAGCUCCUGGAGGUCCCACCUUCACUAUCGGGAAGUCCGUUUGGCUGCUGUGGGGAAUCGUCUUCAAUAACUCGGUUCCGGUGGAGAACCCCAAAGGAACCACCAGUAAGAUCAUGGUUCUGGUGUGGGCCUUCUUCGCCGUCAUCUUCCUGGCCAGCUACACGGCCAACCUGGCCGCCUUCAUGAUCCAGGAGCAGUACAUCGACACUGUCUCCGGCCUCAGCGACAAGAAGUUCCAGAAGCCUCAGGAGCACUACCCCCCAUUCCGCUUUGGCACGGUGCCCAACGGCAGCACGGAGCGCAACAUCCGCAGCAACUACCCCGACAUGCACACACACAUGAUGAAGUACAACCAGAAGGGGGUGGAGGAGGCGCUCAACAGCCUCAAGACAGGGAAGCUGGACGCGUUCAUCUACGACGCGGCGGUGCUCAACUACAUGGCGGGGAAGGACGAGGGCUGCAAGCUGGUCACCAUCGGCUCGGGGAAGGUGUUCGCCACCACGGGCUACGGCAUCGCCCUCCAGAAGGACUCGCGCUGGAAGCGCCCCAUCGACCUGGCCCUGCUGCAAUUCCUUGGUGACGGUGACACCCAGCGCCUGGAGACGGUGUGGCUAUCGGGCAUCUGUCAGAACGAGAAGAACGAGGUGAUGAGCUCCAAGCUGGACAUCGACAACAUGGCGGGCGUGUUCUACAUGCUGCUGGUGGCCAUGGGGCUGAGCCUGCUGGUGUUCGCCUGGGAGCACCUCAUCUACUGGAAGCUGCGCCACUCCAUCAAGUCCUCCACGCGCCUCGACUGCCUGCUCGGCAUCAGCAGGGGCAUGUACAGCUGUUUCAAUGGAGUGGAGGAUCUUGGGAAGCCGGGGGGUCUGCAGAACCCGGACAUAACCACCAACUACGCCCAGGCCAACAUGCUGAAGAUGCUGCAGACCGCCAAGGACAUCGUGUCGUCCACUAAGGUGGAGAACUCCCUGGACAACGCCACCAAGACCAUCGAGAACUGGAGUCGCUACGGCGGCACCCUACCGGCCAGGAUGCCGCAGGUGACGGCCACGGAAAUGCUGCCGGGCCACUUCUCGUACAUCGGCGCUCUGCCCGAGCACCACCCGCCCAUGCUGUCGCGCCCGCCGACGCCCCCGUACCCGCUCCAGUACGCCGACGCGCUGGCGCCGUCCCAGGCGAGGGUGGUGGCGCGGCCCACGCCGCUCCGCUACACGCUGCCCGCGCGCGGCACGAGCGCCGUCUACGACGCCGUGAUGCCCGUGUCCAGCCUCAGCCUCAGCACGCCGCACCUGGCCAUGGCACCGCCGCCGCCGCAACCAGCGUCCGCUCUGAACGGCGCCCCCUACUGCGCCUACGGGGAGCUGCAGGUGCCGGACAUCUACGCGGAGCACCGGGCGGCGGACGUGGGGACGGCGGCGCCCGUGGGCGUGGGCGUGUGCGUGCGGCCGGCCGAGAGCCUGCGGCGGAAGAAGCGCUCGCGGAGCCACGCGCUGGACGCUCUGGACCUGCGGCGCUGUCCCGAGUACGCCGAGCCGACCGCCGCGUGCGUGUACGGGAAGAGCCCCGUGGUGUUGACGGCCGGCGUCGGCGGAGGAGGAGGAGGAGGAGGAGGAGCGGGCAGCUGCGAGUCGUGCGCGCGGGUGUACGGCGACGUGGGCGAGGUGGACGUGCCGCUGGUCAGCAAGCGCAAGGCCCACCGCCGGCCGUCCUUCCUGCGCGCCACCUGGGGGCCCGAGCGCGCGCGCCAGCCGCCGCCCGCCGACCGCCUCUCGGCGCUGACCGCCGCCGCGCCCGCUCGCCACGCCGCCGUCGUCGACGUGCCCGACCUCUUCCCCUGCGUGGAGGUGUACGGGCGCGGUGGCGGCGCCAGCCUGUGCUACCCGGCGCUGGACCCCCUGCGGCUCACCUCGCGCAGCCACUCACGCAAGAGCCAGAAGCUGCGCCACUCGCAGUCCACGCGGCUGCCCUCGUACCGCGAGGCGCUGCUCACGCACGCCAACGCCGUGGGCACCGCCGCCGCCGCCACCCGCCGCUCCGCCAGCCUGCUGCAGCGCACGCCCGUCCGCGUGACCUCCGACCCCGCGCUGCCCGUGUCCGUGUGCCAGCGGCCGCUGCCCUACGGGCCCGUGGAGCUGUGCCACAUCUUCCCGUGCAUGGUGCCGCGGGCCGACAGCGUCUACGGCGGGUACCGCGCGCCACACACACACACACACACGCUGCCACACACGCUGCCCCACGAGGAGAUGAUGGUGGUGGGGGGGCGGCCGGGGGACGGGGAGCCGCCCAUGGUCUGGGGACGGAUUUCUAGUUUGGAGUCGGAGGUGUGA